AUGGGGUCGUUCCUCGAGGAGUCCUUCCCGGACGUGUACCGGCGGAUGAAGGGCGACGUGCACGUCAGCAACUACUGCAAGUUCGACAGCCAGCUUCUGACGCUCUUCACGUCGUCGCUCUACAUCGCCGGCCUGCUCACCGCGAUGCUGCUCUCGUCGUGGUUCACGGCCAGGCGAGGGCGCCGCCCGUCCAUGAUCAUCGGCGGGGCGGCGUUCCUCGCCGGCGCCGUGGUCAGCGGCGGCGCCGUCAACGUGUACAUGGCCAUCCUGGGCAGGGCGCUCCUCGGAGUGGGCCUCGGCCCUGCUGAAAUUUUGCAGGCAGUGCUUUUGUACCUGUCUGAAAUGGCCCCUGCACGAUACCGAGGAGCAUUCAGCAACGGGUUCCAGCACAGCCUGUGCCUCGGCUCCCUCGCCGCGAACAUCAUCAACUACGGCGCGGAGAAGAUCACCGGCGGCUGGGGCUGGAGGCUCUCGCUGGGCCUGGCUGGCGUCCCCGCCGCGCUCUUCACGCUGGGAGCCGUCUUCCUGCCGGAGACGCCCAACAGCCUGGUGCAGCAGGGUGAGGACUGUGGGAGGGUACCGGCCGCAGCUAGCGGUCGCCGUGUUGAUGCCGGCGUUCACGCAGCUCAACGGGAUCAACGCCAUCGGGUUCUACGCGUCGCGCCGGUGCUGCUCCGCACGGUGGGCAUGGGCGAGAGCCUGGCGCUGCUCUCCACGGUCGUCACGGUGGUCAUCUACACGGCGUCGACGGUCGUGUUCAUGUUCGUCAUCGACCGGUUCGGCCGCCGCACGCUGCUCAUCGCCGGCAGCCUCCAGAUGCAGUUCUCCGAGGUCCUGAUCGGCGCCGUCAUGGCCGCCAAGCUGGGCGACGAGGGCGGGAUGCCCCGUGGCUACGCGGCGGCGCUGUUCGUCCUCAUCGGCAUCUACGUGGCCGGGUACAGCUGGUCGUGGGGCCCCAUGACGUGGCUGGUGCCCACCGAGGUGUUCCCGCUGGAGAUCCGGUCGGCGGGGCAGAGCAUCACGGUGGCGUCCGGGUUCGUGUUCACCAUCUUCAUCGCGCAGGGGUUCCUCGCCAUGCUGUGCCGGAUGAGGGCCUGGCUCUUCUUCUUCUUUGCGGGGUGGAUCGUCGUGAUGACGGGCUUCGUGUACUUGUUCUUGCCGGAGACGAAGGGGAUGCCCAUUGAGCAGAUUGGGAAGGUGUGGAGGGAGCACUGGUUUUGGGGCAGGGUUGUGGGGUCAGAUGAAUUGCAGGCGACUGAUAAGCUGUGA